AUGCAGUUUCGUCCAUAUCAGAGAUCAGAAGUCCCACUCGCUAUAUCUUACCAAGGAGUAGAUGAAGGUGACAGAAUGUCUCGCAACAAAGACAAGCACGAGGGCGCGAGCGGGCGCCAAUAUCGCAUCAUGUCGGACGCGGAGCGGGCAUCUGGCAGGCGAGGAGGCUGGGCCACGCUUGAGGUAACAGGAGGUGUGCGCGCGCUGGCGCCGCAACUGUUCCAACUGACGCACCUCACCGAGUUGUACCUCAACGAUAACUCGCUGCAGCGCAUACCGCCCGACAUCAACCAAUUGAGCAAUCUGCACACGCUCGACGUGUCCAACAACAAGCUCCGCUCACUGCCCGUCGAGAUGGGUGACCUCAUACAACUCAGGGAGUUACACCUGAACAACAAUUACUUGAGAGUGUUACCAUAUGAGCUCGGCAAACUGUUCCACCUUCAGCUCCUUGGAUUGCAAGGGAACCCGCUCAGCAAAGAGAUGCUCUCCAUUUACAAUGAUUCCAACGGGACCGCGAAGCUGCUGACUUACAUGCUCGACAACUUACAAGCAAAAGCUUCGAUAGCCGCGUACACACCUAGCACACGGGAACGCGCGGCAGCCUCGCGCACCAAAUGCCUCGCCUGGUGUGGAGGUGCCUCGGGCUGCCUCGGGCGCACGUUGCCUCGGCUGAGUGGCGCUCGACCGCGAGCCAUACGUUGUCGGUAA